GGGUAUCACAAGAUGACCGACUCCAAAUAUUUCACCACCACAAAGAAAGGAGAAAUAUUCGAACUGAAAAAUGAGCUCAACUCUGACAAAAAGGAGAAGAAAAAAGAGGCUGUGAAGAAGGUUAUCGCCAGUAUGACAGUCGGAAAAGACGUCAGCGCUCUAUUUCCCGAUGUGGUGAAUUGUAUGCAGACGGAUAAUGUUGAAUUGAAGAAAUUAGUCUAUCUGUAUUUGAUGAAUUACGCGAAAUCGCAGCCUGAUCUCGCGAUUAUGGCGGUUAACACGUUUGUUAAGGACUGUGAAGAUCCGAAUCCUCUAAUCCGUGCACUUGCUGUCCGUACAAUGGGAUGUAUUCGCGUUGAAAAGAUCACCGAAUACCUCUGUGAUCCUCUCCGUCGAUGUAUGAAGGAUGAGGAUCCAUACGUUCGAAAAACCGCCGCAGUCUGUGUUGCAAAGCUUCACGACAUGAAUCCGGCUCUUGUGAAGGAGCAGGGAUUCGUUGAGUUGCUCAACGAUCUACUCUCCGAUGCCAAUCCGAUGGUUGUGGCGAAUGCGGUUGCCGCGUUGACUGAAAUGAAUGAGCAACAGACUGUAAUUGAAGUGAAUAGUCAAAUGGUUAAUAAACUAUUGACUGCGUUGAAUGAGUGUACUGAAUGGGGACAAGUAUUCAUUUUGGAUGCUCUUGCAGGCUACACCCCACGAGACGAACGUGAAACUCAAAACAUUUGUGAGCGAAUCUCUCCCCGUCUGGCUCACGCCAACGCCGCCGUCGUUCUCUCCACCGUAAAAGUGCUCAUGAAGCUGAUCGACAUGAUGCCAGCAGAUUCGGACUUUAUCACCCAACUCACGAAGAAGCUCGCACCACCAAUGGUUACCCUGCUCUCGGCGGAGCCCGAAAUUCAAUAUGUCGCACUGCGAAACAUCAAUUUGAUCGUUCAAAAACGCCCCGACAUUUUGAAACAAGAAAUGAAGGUGUUCUUUGUGAAAUAUAAUGAUCCGAUUUAUGUGAAAAUGGAGAAGCUGGAUAUUAUGAUUCGACUGGCUCAACAGAAUAAUAUCGCUCAAGUGCUCAGUGAGCUCAAGGAAUAUGCCACCGAGGUUGAUGUGGAUUUUGUUCGGAAAUCUGUUAGAGCAAUUGGAAGAUGUGCUAUUAAAGUUGAAGCUAGUAGUGAGCGAUGUGUUCAGACCCUGCUGGAGCUCAUUCAGACAAAAGUCAACUAUGUUGUACAAGAAGCCGUCGUUGUGAUUAAGGAUAUCUUUAGAAAAUAUCCGAAUAGAUAUGAGAGUAUUAUUUCUGCACUCUGUGAGAAUCUGGACACGCUGGAUGAGCCUGAAGCCCGGGCUUCAAUGAUUUGGAUUAUUGGAGAAUAUGCUGAGAGAAUUGAUAAUGCUGAUGAGCUCCUCGAGAGUUUUGUUGAAGGAUUCCAUGAUGAGAAUACUCAGGUUCAACUGCAACUUCUCACCGCUGUCGUCAAGCUUUUCCUGAAGCGUCCCGGAGUUGCUCAGGCUCUUGUACAACGUGUGCUCUCACUGGCCACUCAGGAUAGUGAUAAUCCGGAUCUUCGAGAUCGUGGAUUCAUCUAUUGGAGACUUCUGUCUGCUGAUCCAGCUGCGGCGAAAAAUGUUGUGCUCACUGAGAAGCCGCUUAUUUCGGAGGAAACUGAUCUACUUGAGCCAUCGCUUUUGGAGCAACUUGUUUGUCAUAUUGGAACACUGGCUUCUGUCUAUCAUAAGCCACCAUCGGCGUUUAUUGAUCCGGCAAAGGCACCGCUUCGGCAGAUUAAUCCGAUUCCGGCGGCGAAAUUUGGAUCCAGUCUUCUCGACACGUCAUCAACACCAAAUGCUGCAAGAAAUGGCUCAGCAGCUGCUCCAACAGUUAUUCCAUCUCAAGAUCAAGUUAUUGCAGAUCUUCUGUCACUUGAUUUAAAUGCUCCAGCCGCUAGUGCAAAUACAGGAGCUUUUGGUGGAGCAAUGAGCGGAACAACUUCUAUGGGUGGCCUCGAUGAUCUACUGGGUCUUGGUGGAGAUCCGAUGCCAGCUGCUCCAACAAACUCGGCUUCCUAUAAUCCAUUUGAUGGUCUUGGUGGACUUGGAGGAGCUGCUCCAGCUGCACCACCUUCCCAACAGCCAGCUUCAAUUGGAGGACUCGCUGAAAUUUUUGGAUCUGGUGGAUUCGGUGGAUCUUCUGGAAUCACUUACCCCAAGGAAUUAUGGUUGGAUGCUUCGAAAGCAAUGGGAAUGCAAGUGGAAGGAACAUUUGUUCGACGUGGUGGAAAAAUAUUCAUGGAAAUGACAAUUACGAAUCGAGCAAUGCAGGCGAUUUCUGGAUUUGCACUGCAAUUUAAUAAGAAUUCGUUUGGGCUGAUUCCGGUGGAACAAGUCAAUCCGGCACCUAUUUUGCCGAAUCAAUCGCAAAAUUACACAAUCGCCUGUGACACGACGGGAGCAGUUCAAGUGACAACUCCACUCACAAAUCUUCAAGUUGCCAUUAAAAACGACAUCAACGCGUUCUACUUUGCCACCACAGUCCCAUUGUUGGCCUAUUUCCGAGAAGAUGGACAAAUGGAAAAACGUGAAUUCCUUGAGGAAUGGAAGAGUAUUCCAGAGCAAAAUGAGCAACAGUUUACCCUACAGAAUACGCAUAAUAUGAAUGCUGACGCAAUUUGCACAAAACUACAACAAAACAACAUUCAUACGGUGGCACGGCGACAAGUUGACAAUCAACAACUUUUGUAUCAUUCUGUCAAGUAUACGAACAAUUUGAAUGUGCUCUCAGAGCUCAAAGUCAACUCACAGACCACGUCGAUUACGCUCUCCCUAAAAUCGAAGAAUCUGAUGGCGAUUGCAAACAUCAAUGAAGUAUUCCAAGCGCUUCUCAACUGAUUUAAAUUGCCUUUUCCCCUAAAUAAUUCUGAAUUUCCCCCCAAAUUUCACUUCUAAUGUAUUUUUGAUUAUUAUUAUUAUUGUGAAAAAAUCAGUCUUACCAAAAAAAAAUUCUAAUUUAUUUUUAUUAUUUCUGCUGAAAUUUAUCCCCCGCUCCACACACAAGAUAUUUAUUUAUUUAUUGAAUGUUCUAUAGAUUUUCCAACACAAAAAAGUAUAAAAGUUAUUGCAAUAA